AUGGCGUUGACGUGCGACUGUCCAAUGUCGCAGCCGGGGCCCACCCUGGCGGCCACGUGCGGAGGGGGGGCGUUCAUGCUGUUCAUGGGACUCCUGGAGGUGUUCCUGAGGAGCCAGUGCGACUUGGAGGACCCCUGUGGAAGAGCACAGUACCGUCGCCACAUGGACUCGGUUUACGACUUCAUAGUUGUGGGGGGAGGGUCUGCAGGCUCUGUCGUGGCCGCACGUCUGUCUGAAGUACCCGAGUGGAGGGUGCUGCUGUUAGAAGCAGGUUUCGACGAGCCAACAGGAACCCAGGUGCCGUCCAUGUUCCUGAACUUCAUCGGGUCCAGCAUCGACUGGGGGUACACCACGCAGCCGGAGCCUGCCGCCUGCCUGAGUGAGACGGACAGGAAAUGCUACUGGCCGAGGGGAAAGGUUCUCGGAGGCACAUCUGUCAUGAACGGCAUGAUGUACAUGCGAGGAUCCCGGACUGACUACGACUCCUGGGCGGCGGCGGGUAACGAGGGCUGGUCCUACGACGAUGUCCUGCCCUACUUCCUGAAGUCUGAGGACAACAAGCAACUGGACGAGAUGGACCAGGGCUACCACGGCACAGGAGGCCCUCUGACCGUCUCCCAGUUCCCGUACCAUCCGCCGCUGAGCUCUAGUAUUGUGAAGGCUGGAGAAGAAUUAGGCUACCAAAGCCGUGACCUCAACGGCCAGCAGCACACGGGCUUCAUGAUAGCUCAGACCACCAACCGGAACGGCUCCAGAUUGUCAGUCGCGAGGGCGUUCCUCCGACCCGCCAAGAACCGCCCCAAUCUUCAUAUCAUGCUGAAUGCUACUGUUACCAGAGUCCUCAUCAAUCAGACCACUAGGCAAGCGUACGCGGUGGAGGUCCUGAACAGCUUCGGAGGAACCGAGACCAUAUUUGCCAAUAACGAGAUCAUUGUGAGCGCCGGCGCAGUAGCAUCUCCCCAGCUUCUUCAGCUCAGCGGCAUCGGAGACCCCGAAGUUCUGUCCCGUGCUGGGGUCAAACUGGUCCACCGGCUGCCAGCAGUGGGCAGGAACCUCCACAACCACGUGGCCCACUUCCUUAACUUCCAAGUCAAUGACAAUAAUACCGCAGCGCUCAACUGGGCGACGGCGAUGGAGUACCUGUUGUUCAGGGACGGGCUCAUGUCUGGCACUGGUAUAUCGGAAGUGACAGCGUUCAUCAACACCAAAUACGCGAACCCAGAUGAAGAUAACCCAGACAUCCAGCUGUUCUUCGGAGGGUUCCUCGCUGACUGCGCCAAGACCGGCAUGGUGGGGGAACGCCUGGACAAUGGCUCCAGAACCAUCCAGAUCAUCCCAACUGUGCUGCACCCCAAGAGCAGGGGGCGUCUGGAGAUAGCUAGUGCUGAUCCGAAGACAUACCCCAAUAUUUAUGCCAACUACUUAACCCACCCGGACGACGUCAAAACCCUCAUCGAAGGCAUCAAAUUUGCCAUCAAGCUCUCAGAGACCAAAGCUCUGAAGAGGUACGGGGUAAAACUAGACAAGACGCCAGUGCCUGGGUGCGAGAAGAUCAAGUUUGGGUGCGACGCUUACUGGGAGUGCGCCGUGAGGAUGCAGACGGCUCCGGAGAACCACCAGGCUGGUUCUUGCAAGAUGGGACCUAGAGGAGAUCCCAAUGCUGUAGUGGAUAAUUUGCUUCAGGUGCAAGGCAUCGACCGUCUCCGCGUGGCGGACGCCAGCGUGAUGCCGGCGGUGACGUCGGGCAACACCAACGCGCCCACGAUCAUGAUCGCGGAGCGGCUCGCCGACUUCGUCAAGCAGCGCUGGCUGGGAUCCACUCAUGCUCCUUAUCCGCUGGGCAGUCACGGAGGCAUCUCUAAUGUGCUGCAGGCCAGCGAGACACAGUACCUGCCUUGGCAACGGUGGACAUGAAACUGCCAGCGCCAUUAGAAUAAAUGAUACAAUAAGCUGAAGAGUUACCAGAGACAAGUUCUAAAUUUAAAAUUAAGUGUUACCAUUCCACAGGAAAUCGAAAUUUGAAUAUUGAAGUUAUGCAUUUGCAGUGCAUAUUAUGGCAUAUUAAAAAGCUCGUAAUGUAUGUACCUUUUAUAUAUUUUUAAUAAUGAAAAACAAGGCAACGCAUGCUUGUGGGUUUCUUGUUUAAAACAACUUAAAUAUUUUUUUGUUCAGUGUUCCCUGCAUCAGUAA